AUGUCCGAAACAUUUAAGAGAAAGAAUAGUGGAGCUCAAAAUCGCAAGAAUAAAAAAAAAAUUAAAAUUGAAAACGAGAAGUUGGCAAACACUUUUGAAAAGUGGGUUUCAACAUCUACAACAGUGUCUACUUGUUCAUCAUUAAAAAAAUCUGAUGUUUCUGUGAAAAUCCAUAAUGAUCUUAACAAUGCACCACCAAUUAACGAGUCUCCGGACAUUCCUCUAAAAAAAAUAACAACUUAA